GCUCACAAAUAAAUAUUGGACUAGUAACAAAUUAUCUAACUUAAAUUAGACUCUGUUGACUCCAAAUAUAUAAACAAAUGAAAUCUCACAGCUGUAUACUUUCUGUAAAUGUUCUCCACGCAUUGGAAUAUAACUGCCUGAUUAAAAUUAAAUUGCUCUAAAAUAAUUGGAGCUAUGCAUUUUUGUGCUGGAAAACAUGGUUGAAUGCUGGAAUCUACCCAGGCCCAGUCGACAUUAUCCGGACUCAGAGGCGGACUCGGGAGCGUAUAGUCAGCAUACUUCAACGCAAAACGCGCCAACCUCGAACCUUCCCAGUCCCCAGUACGAGCCAGCCAGCCUAAACAAAGAAUAGCUCCAUCAAACGAUCAGAAAAACAGGAAGUAAAAGAACCAGGCAUGACCAGCUUGCUGCUUAAUGCUUGCACAGAAGCAGCUUCCAUGACAACUGCCGCUUCUGCAACGCCCAUGGAUUUAGACCAAGAAUUGUUGGCACAAGGGGAGAAGAAAUCAUGUUUUUCAGUCUCUGCCGCAGCUGAAAACAAUGUCGCUGUAGCGCAAACAUGCCUGACUGAAACACAACGUACAGUGCCUACUACACAGCUUCAUAAAGAAACUACAUUAGAUAUUAGCAUAAGAAACAAUAAGCUUAAUGCGGAAGAGAGCUCAGCCGAAUCUCGAGGCGCCGGCGCUGAUCAGAAGGUAUCAACUGUUGUUUCAAAUCCAGAUUUUAAUGACAAGAUUGACUAUAGUCUGGCAACGUCAUACUGGAAAACCAUCCCAGCCACUGUCAAUGGAAUGCUUGGUGGUUUUGCUCGUAUAUCCACCACUGACAUCAAUGGAUCCAACACUCUUCUCAAGUGGAUCUUUAGCCAAGAAGUGCAUCCUGGACGCGGCCGGUGUGUUGACUGUGGAGCAGGCAUUGGCAGAAUUACUCAGCGACUUUUACAACGGAAUUUUGGCAAGGUGGACUUGGUAGAGCAGUCUCCUGAAUUUGUUGCAAAAGCUAAAGAAGUCUUUGCCAAUAACAGCAAAAUUGGUGAAAUUCAUUGCAUUGGGUUACAAGACUUCGUGCCAAAAUCAGCAACAUACGAUGUGGUAUGGAUGCAGUGGGUAUUGGGCUACCUUAGAGAUGACGACCUUGUGGCUUUCUUCAGGAGAAUGUCUAACUCGCUGAAACCGAACGGCGUCAUCGUCGUUAAGGAAAAUUUCUCAUCGGACGCUGAUGACAGUUCUGCAGAAGUUAUACAUGAUGAGGCCGAUUCUUCAGUCACCAGGCCUAUGGCGUUGUUUUUGCAGCUAACGUCCAAAGCUGGACUUACUUUGGUUCGAUUGGUGCAGCAGAAGAAGUUCCCCCGGCAACUCUUUAAAGUAUACAUGUUGGUGCUAAAGCCUGAGAAGAAAGAUAACUCCAGAACUCCGUAGUUUUCAAUAAUUGCCAAACUUGGGACUUUUUCUCUAAAUCUAAAAUUGAAUUAAUUGGUGAGGGACCGUAGUCGAACAUUUGUGAAUUAACCCUAAAAAUUUUUAGUGGGCACACGCAGUUGUUCGUUCGUAUAAAUGUUAUCCAGGUUUAGGAACUAUACAAAAUUUAACCUUAUUUUUUGCGUAAUAAUUACGUUAUGUCAUUUGUUAUCGUGAAUUUUCGAAGUAUUUUACAAUUAUCUGAGAUUGCGACUUAUCACCAAUCCGGUAUGUCCCUAUGUGAUACUUGACAAGUUCUUGGAGGUGGAAAUAAAUUUAAUUUUAUCUUA